UAGAACUUGCAGGUCUGAGAGAUGUUUCUUCUCCCAGACGACAGCAGGAUGUUGUGAUCCUGUUUCCUAAUACCUUCCAUAUCUUCUCUCCUUUUUUUUAUCCCUCUCCACCUCCCAAAAGUCACAGCACUGCAACAGAUAAUGUUUGAAAGAUGAUAUGUGUGUAUACUCCUACCAAGUAAUAAAUGAGAUUAUUUUAGAUGACAAGGCAAAUAGAGUGCAAAUAUUUAUCUUUUAAGGACUCAAUAGAGUGAGAAUAUAGGCUGGAAAUACUUUGCGAUAGGCUAAGAUAGGUGAGUGGUCUCUCUAUCCACCUGUUUUUUAUCUUUCCUCUACCAGAAAAGUGGAGUAGGAUUUUUGUAAGAAAAGCAUGUCUGAGACUUGUGAAAUUCAAAAACCAUAUUGAAACAAUUAAGUCAUCAUUUUUAAUAUUUCACUAGAAAUCCCUUCACUAGAAGUCCCUUCUAUCCCCACUGGCUGAGAACUUUUGAAAAUUUAGGUAAUCCCUCCUUAGUUUUGCUGCUUUUGAAUGAUGUUGGUACAACAGUAGGCUUCUGUGAGACAAUUUGAACCUAAAGUAUGAGCUUUGAUACUUAAUUUUCAAUAUCCAUCUCAUUACUGUCUAGCCUUGCAAACACUGCAAAGUUGUGUGCAGUUUUUUUGUGGUAAAUUGUCAGAUACAGGUAGUAUAGAACACGUUUGUAAGUGACACAGUGUAUAGGAAAGUUACGAUUUCUUUGACUUCAGUAAUUGUAUCUAAACUUCUUAAUUAUACCUAAUAUGAAGUUCUUGUAGGUUAAUACCAGAGAUACAGACAAUUUUCCUCUCUUUGUAGGUGAAGUUAUUUUUGAGGAACAAGACAUGCUGAAGUAACUGUAGGGUAACCUUUCUUGGAAAUAAAAACUGUUUUAAGUGUUUGAGGUUGAUCAUGGCAUGUGGAUCUGUCCAGAAGCAAAUACAAAUUUAUACCUCUCUUGCUUUGCUAUGCUUUCUUUCAGGAAAUGCUGGACUCUUAAGUACCAUCACUUUUGUAGCAGUGUUGCUGUACAGUUUUGUCAUGCAUAAUCGCUCUGGAAAUGCUUUCAAAAGUAAUACUGAAUUCUGUGGCCCAGUCUCAUGCUUUUGGAAAUAAUGCUGGAACUGGACUGCAGGGAGAACAUUACUUGACUCUGUGACCAACAUGUAAUUUUCUGCACCAGAAAACAAGAAAGAAACAGCAGUUGUUAACAAAUAAGCCAUGCCUGUUUCAGCUGAUGAAACUGUGGGGGACCUGCCUGUGAGAGAUACGGGUCUAACUCCAUCUGGAAUUGAAGGAUUACAAGAAUCAUCAACCCACAAUGUAAAAGCUCUACAAGCUGUACAACAAAUCAUUCGAGAAGAACUGGAGGACAGGUUUCUUCAUAUACAUGAUGACCACAUCUUACUCAAGAAGCAUACAAAUAAGCAAGAGGAGAAAAUUAAAAGAAUGACCACCAAGUUAACACAGCUUGUUAAUGGUAGAAAAAAGUCUGAACAGGUUGGUGGACCUCAAGUGGCCGGGUCAGGCCUGGAGCUGGAAGAAAGAAUUGAGCAUUUGCAAAGAGUUCAUGGGCUUGAGAGACAAAACGAGAGCCUCUGCAGCAAACUGCUUUCAACUGACCAGCAGCUCCAGAUUCGAGGCCAUCGGCCUUGUCCACACAGCUGUGUUCAAUCUUUUGUUAACACUGGUCUCAGAAAAGUGAGUGAGGCUGCUGGCAGGCUGGAGCAUGCAGAGGAAGAGCCUAAACAAUUUGAAGACCUUCCAUGCUGUUUUAUUAGCAAAGAUGAUGAACUGAGUGUACAUCUUAAAAGAGGAGCAGUUAAAAUGCCUCCAUCUUCAGAACGAAUUGCAAUCAGUAACUAUUUCAAAGAGAAGGAACGAAGAGAUAUAGAUGCUCUUACAGGUACUCAGAACUCUUCCAGUCAGAAUGUAGAGAGUGUGAACCUUGUCUUCUGUAUGACCCAUGAACAGCAGUGGAAAUCAAAGGAACGGCAGCUGAAACUGCAAAUUGCUAACCUAGAGAUGGCUUUCAAAUCUGAUUUAGCAGACAAUGAAAUCCUUGACAAGAUCAAACACGUGGUACAGGAGGUUAAACAAGAAAGGCUAGCAGAUAAGGUGGAGGAGAUGACUGAAGAAAUUCAACAGGAGAAAGAAAAGCUCUCACAUCUGUCAGAGGAGCAGUUAGCUGACCAAACAUCAAUUACUUCUGGAGACAAGACAAAAAUAACUGAAGAAUUGGAACCAGAAGCAGAUCAAGAUGGUAGACAAGAUGAGGAUGCUGUUGAAUCAAUAAAAACUGACAGCAAUGAUGGUAUUAUUUGAAGUUGAUCCACGAAUAUUAAACAGCUGAUUGAAAAGAUCUGGAUUAAAAUUACAUCACUUGGUCAUACUGAGUUACGAAUUACUUCAGAUGAAACAAUCCAGCAGCUGUGUGUGGAAUGCAGAUGAAAUUAUUUCCUUGCAGACGACACCCCACUGUCACUUCCCAAACCAACAGGUGGUCAGAGGAGUCACUGUAAGUGUAGCACUGUGAUAAAUGUGGCUAAGGCAGAUGAUUGUGCAGAAAAAGAGUAUCUCAAGUCUGUUCUUCUAAAGCCAGAUCUAAACACUGACAGGUACAUGUUAGUGCUGAAAAGCUCCAUUAUAGAUCCCCCCGAAGAUGAACAGGAUCUUGAUAUCAGGUUUGCUCUGGUCAGUUUGAAAGAGAUGUUCCAGAAGCAAAGAAAUAUCAUUGAACAAGACAUUGAUGUUUUUGACUCACGAGAUGAUGGUGCAGUAAUUGGGGAGCUCAAAGUAGCCGUGGAGGCCCUCCACGCGCCGCGUUCGGUCUGUGAGGAGCACGAAGACGACUCCGAGGCAUGA